UACUUCGUUAUCAGGAAAACUUUGUGAACAUGGUGAAGAUAUUUCUUUGUUUAUAGGUUUAUCAUGGACACAAGUCUUACUAAUGUGAAACUGGGUUGAAAUUGAAAUGCCAUGAUGUGAUGUUUGAAGAAAAAUACAGACGUAUAAUCAUGCAGUGGACAGGGAGAAUCGUUUUGAUGGUAAUAUGUUCAUCCCUGUUGGUUAGAGUCGACUGCCAGGAGAGAAUAAUAAGGGCAGAUGCUCUUGUUGGCUAUGAGGAUGCGGCUUUAGAACUCGCCUUCAAGGAAACCAUGGAUAAGGCCCAACAACGUGCAGUCUACAGAAACAAAAAUCUUAAAAUAGAAGACUUCUUCUACAGAGUAAAUUCGGAAGACAGUUUUGAAGUUUCCACGGAACUUUGUAGAGUGAUCUCCUUCGGCAGUAAAGUGAUAUUCGGCACGAACUCUCGAACGUCUUCGGAAUAUGUGACGUCACUAUGUAGUCAACUUUCAAUACCUAACAUUCAGAUACACUGGAAUCCGAACAAGAUUGUGACGGACACCAAACGACCUGAUAGGAACCACAUGACCUUGAACCUUUAUCCCUACCACCACACACUCAGCGCCGCCCACAGAGAUCUGAUCAGAUUCUGGAAGUGGCACAAAUUUGCUGUUCUUUACGAAGAUAAUGACGGCCUUAUCCGACUUCAAGACAUUUUGAAGCUGUCAGCCAAAGGACGUGUUGUCAUUGCAACAAGGAAAAUCGACUUUGUAAAUAGAGGGAGUCUGAAGGACGUCUUAGAGGAGCUGAAGAAGGCGGAAUAUCAACAGAUUGUUGUCGACUGUCAUUAUGAGAGAGUAUACAAUGUCCUGCAACAGGCUGCUGAAACCGAGGCUCUGUCGGAAUAUUUCCACUAUCAUUUUAUGACACUGGACUUGGGAGUCACCGACAUCUCAGACUUCGCUGCAUCCGGGGCCAACAUUACGGCCCUGAGGAUGGUUAACCCAGAACAAUCUCUGGUCAAGAACGUCACAGAGGAAUGGAAACAGUUGCAAUUCAACAUCCGGGGAAACAAAUCCCCGCUACGAAAAGGCCAGCUGCAGAUCCCAACAGAGACUGCCCUCAUGCAUGAUGCUGUGUGGGUGUUUUUUCAUGCAGUAAACGCUUUAAACGAACAGAACCCAAGUGCUCUGACGUCAUUUGACAGGGUAUCAUGUGACACGUCAACACCCUGGAAUUAUGGGAAAGAAUUACUGGAUUUCAUGAAAAGUGUACAGACGAAAGGGCUCACAGGGAAUAUAGAAUUUGAUGAGUAUGGACAGAGGAACAAUUUUGAGUUGGACGUCGUUAAACUCCGACAGAAAAACAACCUCCACAAGAUUGGCACUUGGAAUUCCAUGUCGUUCAUCAACAUUACUGACGAUGAGGAACCAUUGUCUCAGCUUAAUAAAACCCUUAAGGUGUUGACUGUAUUGGAACUCCCAUAUGCCUGGAAGAGGACAGAUGAACAGGGUAACGUUGUAUACGAGGGAUUCUGUAUUGAUAUUCUGAACGCCAUUGCGGAGAAGUUGAAAUUCAAUUACGAAAUACAAGCGGAAGAUUCCUACGGAAAUUGUUACCCGGAUGAGGAUUAUUGCACUGGGAUGUACCAGAAGCUAAUUGACAGGAAAGCUGAUUUAAUUGUUGGGGGCAUCACCAUUACGUCGGCCCGUGAGCAGUAUGUCGACUUCACCAAACCUUUUUGGAAUCUCGGUAUUACGAUUUUAUUCCGGAAACCAAAACCGAAACCUGUUCGUCUCUUUUCUUUCCUGGAUCCCUUCCACAAGGAUGUUUGGGUGUACAUGAUUGCCAUAUAUCUGUGUGUGAGUUUUAUGUUUUUCGUCAUUGCCAGACUGACGCCUUACGAGUGGUGUAACCCUUACCCCUGUGAUCAGGACGAAGACAUUGUGGAGAACCAGUUUUCUGUUCUCAAUAGUAUGUGGCUCACAAUUGGAUCAAUCUUGCAGCAAGGUUGCGAGCUUGCGCCACGGACUGUCUCUACCAGAAUGGUAGCGGGUGUAUGGUGGUUCUUUACGCUGAUCAUCAUUUCCUCCUACACCGCUAAUCUCGCCGCCUUUCUAACGGCCGGCAGAAUGCAGUCACCAAUAGAAAGCGCCGCUGACCUUUCUAAGCAAACAGAAAUCAAAUACGGCACCUUACAAACUGGAUCAACCUACAGUUUCUUUCAGAAUUCCAUCUUUCCUGUCUAUCAGAGAAUGUUUGCGUUUAUGAAAAAGCAGAAACCUUCAGUGUUUGUACUAAAUUCUGGUAAGGGAGAGGAACGUGUACUUAAGGGGAAUUACGCCUACUUUGCUGAAUCCACAACUGUGGAAUACAAGGUGGAGAGGGACUGUGAUCUUACGCAGAUCGGAAACUGGCUCAACUCGGUCGGAUAUGGAAUAGCUCUUCCUAAAGGCUCUCCGUACAGACACAAGAUAUCGCAGGAGAUAUUAUAUUUAAUGGACAAACAGAUCAUCAAGAAGUUCUACAACAAAUGGUGGAAACGGAAGUACAUAAACCAGACCUGUGAAACAGAGAAGAAGGAGAAUAAUAAUGCUCUCAAAAUCGAGAACAUAGGCGGGGUAUUUGUAGUACUGAUGGGCGGUGUUGGCAUCGCUAUGGUGAUAGCAGUGAUUGAGUUUGUCUACUAUGCCUGGACUAAAAGGGAUCUUCCGGUACCAGGUGCGUGUGUUCUGUCUUGAAUGGCAUCACUACUCGCCUUGGUCCUGGUAACGCUGGUGCUCAGAAAUGUGGACACCACAGAUAUACUAAUAGAUGGUUUCUUUGACUCGGAAGACACGCCCACGGAGCUGUCAUUCAGGUGGACGUGUCAGCAUGUGAACCUGAGGGGACUUCCAGUCUGUCGCAGAAUUGAAGCUGGUGCGAAAGUCAUUUUUGGUCCCACUCCUGGAAAAGCUGCACAUUAUAUCAAGUCUAUCAGUAAAAACCUGGAAAUCCCGCUAAUCAAUAUCCAUAAUGAGAUUCCUUCCGGGUCAAAGGAGAGCCGAGGGGUCUCUGAUUUUAGUAUAGUGGAUUUGUCUCCCUUUAUGUAUUCUGGGGCAAACAUGACGGGAAUGAGGCUAGUUAACCUUGAAAACCCUAAGGUUGCUGCUGUCGUAAAUCUCUGGAAGAAAGAACUAGAAUCCAGCUCGUUCAGCCUUUCACCUUUGACCCCGGGUCAAACGCAAGUACCGAUUGGAGCAGCGCUAAUGCAUGACGCCAUUAAUAUGCUGUAUCGUGGCGUUGACCUCCUUACAAAGAGGCGACAUGUCAAUUUUAACCGGAAAGUUAGUUGUGAAGGUGGAAAUAACUCUCUACCAUGGUUCAACGGAAACUCCCUAAUCAGCGCUAUCAAGAUGAUCGGUAGUUGGGACCACAUACGAGGGAUAAAAAUCACAGCUAAAUCCGAAUUUCCUAGUGACGUCAGAAAGAACCUUCUGACCAAUAAAACGCUCUCUGUCAUCACAGUCUUGGAACCUCCCUACGUGUUCGAAGUCAUAGACGAUAACGGUACAGUGACGUAUGAGGGAUUUUGCAUUGAUCUUUUGGAUUCUAUCGCUGAAAUACUCGGCUUCAAUUACAAUGUGACCCCUGAACCAAACGGUCACUAUGGUAAUUGUGAUGGCGACAUCUGUGAUGGAAUGGUCAAACAGCUAGUAGAGAGGAAAGUCGAUUUAGCGGUGGCAGGGAUGACUAUCACUUACAGCCGGGAAGAGGUCAUUGACUUCACAAAGCCCUUUUGGAACCUUGGAAUUACGAUCCUAUUUCGGAAGCCCAUGGCACCCCCCGCCGAACUGUUUAAAUUUCUUUCACCUUUUACAUUCGAACUUUGGGCCUACGUGUUAGCGGUGUAUAUUGUGGUCAGUAUAAUGAUGUUUGUUACUGCCCGGCUAACCCCUAACGAGUGGGACAAUCCUUACCCGUGUGACGCCCAAAACGAUAUCCAGGAAAACCAGUUUUCUGUCAUGAAUAGUCUGUGGUUCACCAUUGGCGCAUUAAUGCAACAAGGUUCAGAGAUUUCUCCAAAAGCAACAUCAACUCGCUUGGUAGCAGGCGUCUGGUGGUUUUUUACCUUGAUCAUGAUUUCAUCGUACACCGCCAAUAUGGCUGCGUUCCUCACGAUUGAAAGAAUGGUGAAUCCAAUCGAGAGCGCAGAGGAUCUGGCAAAUCAAAACGAAAUCAAGUAUGGGACACUCGAAUCGGGGAGCAGUAGAGCAUUUUUUGCUGGCUCCAACGCCCAACUAUACAAAAAGAUGUAUAUGGCCAUGAAAUCAGCUACUCCUAGCGUGUUUGUAAAAUCGUCCAAUGAGGGAGAAAAGCGAGUAAUGGCGGGAAACUAUGCUUACUUGGCUGAAUCGACAACGGUAGAGUAUAGAAUUGCCAGGAACUGUGACCUAAUGCAGGUGGGACAACAACUUGACUCUAAAGGGUAUGGAAUUGGACUCCCCAGAGAUUCACCAUAUAGAGACAAACUAUCAAGCGCCAUCUUGCAUCUACAAGAAGGGGGAGUAAUUCAAUCCCUGUACGACAAAUGGUGGAAACGAAAAAAUAUCAACAAAUUUUGUGACGACAAUAAAGCGCCAUCUACAAAGGCUUUGGAACUGAAGAAUGUAGGGGGCGUCUUUGUUCUCGUAUUGACGGGGACUGUCUGCGGGUUGCUGAUUGCUAUAAUUGAAUUCAUCUGCAAUGCAAGAAAGAUAUCAAAGAAAGGAGAGAAUUCAUUGUGGUUUGAAGUAAAACAGCAACUCUACUUUGCUGUUAGAUGCUGUAAAUUUCGUAGAAUUCCCAAAAGUGUCUCGUCGCUAAGCGUUGCAGCGGACGAUUUGGAAACGAAGAACGAAGACGAGCGGAAGUGCGAUGACUGCGAUACGCUAAACAAUCAGAACUUACCAAUUAAAGAAAAGGUGCUGCUUUUGCAAAACAGUGAUCAAGAGAAAACUCUCAGUAAUGGCAUCAUUCCUUCAACAAAUGUUGACAGAAUUAUGACUGAAAGUUCAAGUGAAGUCUAA